AUGGAGAAUAGUCUUGGAUGGGUUUGGGUACCAAAGCUGGCUUUUCUACUCUUCGGAUUUUCUCUGAUCAGCCUGAAUCUUCAAGUCACCGGUUCACAAGUUAAGGGUUUUACAUCAUUGCGGUUCCUGACUGAGCCUUCAGAUGCUGUCACCAUGCGCGGAAGUAAUGUGCUGCUGAAUUGCACAGUGGAGUCUGAUCAAGGAAUUCCUGUCAUCAAGUGGAAGAAAGAUGCAGUCUUCUUAAACCUGGCAGUGGAUGAAAGGAGACAGCAGAUGGCCAAUGGUUCCCUCUUGAUACAAAGUAUAGUCCAUUCCAGGCACCAUAAGCCAGAUGAGGGUCUCUACCAGUGUGAGGCCUCUUUAGAAGGCAUUGGGGCUAUCAUCAGUCGGACAGCUAAAGUCACUGUAGCAGGACCAUUGAGGUUUCUUUCCCAGACAGAAUCUGUCACAGCUUUUGCAGGAGACACAGUGUUGUUAAAGUGUGAAGUAGUUGGAGAGCCUAUGCCGAUGGUACACUGGCAAAAAAACCUGGAGGACCUGAUCCUGAGCCCCAGUGACACCCGAGUGGCUGUCUUGCCCUCUGGAGCUUUACAGAUUAGCAGAAUCCAAGCGGGAGACAGUGGGAUCUAUAGAUGCCUUGCAAAAAAUCCUGCUAGUUCCAGAACUGGAAAUGAAGCAGAAGUCAGAGUUUUGACAGAUCCAGGUUUGCACAGACAGCAAUUUUUCCUGCAGAGACCGUCAAAUGUGGUAGCCCUUGAGGGAAAAGAUGCCGUUCUUGAGUGUUGUGUUUCCGGGUUUCCCACACCCACCUUCACAUGGAUGCGAGGAGAUGAAAUUAUUCCUGUCAGAUCCAAAAAAUAUUCAUUAUUGGCUGGCAGUAACUUACUUAUUUUUAAUGUGACUGAUGACGAUUCUGGGACAUACACUUGCAUUGUCAGCUACAAGAAUGAGAACAGUAGUGCCUCUGCAGAGCUCACAGUUAUGGUUCCUCCAUGGUUUUUAAAUCACCCUUCAAACCUCUAUGCCUAUGAAAGUAUGGACAUUGAGUUUGAAUGUGCUGUCUCUGGUAAGCCUGUCCCUACCGUGGAUUGGAUCAAGAAUGGAGAAGUGGUCAUUCCUAGUGAUUAUUUUCAGAUAGUGGGUGGCAGCAACUUGCGGAUUCUGGGCCUCGUAAAGUCAGAUGAAGGUUUUUACCAGUGUGUAGCUGAAAAUGAUGCUGGGAAUGCACAGACCAGUGCACAGCUAAUCAUCCCUGAGCCGGCUAUCCCAAGUUCCAGUGUCCUCCCCUCUGCUCCCCGAGAUGUGGUCCCUGUUUUGGUCUCCAGUCGAUUUGUCCGUCUCAGCUGGCGCCCACCUGCAGAAACUAAAGGGAAUAUCCUGGCAUACACUGUCUACUUCUCCAGGGAAAGCAUCAACAGGGAACGGGCACAGAACACAACACAGUCUGAGACACUUCAGCUUACAGUGGGAAAUCUGAAACCAGAGGAGACUUACACAUUCCGAGUGGUGGCAUAUAAUGAAUGGGGACCAGGAGAGAGCUCGCAAUCCAUCAAGGUUGUCACGCAGCCUGAAUUGCAAGUUCCAGGGCCAGUAGAAAACCUGCGGGCUGUAUCUACCUCACCUACCUCAAUUCUUCUUUCCUGGGAACCCCCUGCCUAUGCAAAUGGUCCAGUCCAAGGUUACAGAUUGUUCUGCACAGAGACUGCUACUGGAAAAGAACAGAAUAUAGACGUUGAUGGACUAUCAUACAAACUGGAGGGGCUGAAAAAAUUCACGGAAUACACCUUACGAUUCUUGGCUUAUAACCGCUAUGGCCCUGGGGUGUCCACUGAAGAUCUUACCGUCAUGACGCUUUCUGAUGUACCAAGUGCAAUGCCUCAGAAUGUCUCCUUGGAAGUGGUUAAUUCAAGGAGCAUCAAAGUUAGUUGGCUACCUCCACCAUCAGGCACACAAAAUGGAUUUAUUACCGGCUAUAAAAUCCGACACAGAAAGACUACCCGCAGGGGUGAGAUAGAAACACUGGAGCCAAACAACCUCUGGUACUUGUUCACAGGACUUGAUAAAGGAAGCCAGUACAGUUUCCAGGUAGCUGCCAUGACAGUCAAUGGGACAGGACCCUCCUCAGAUUGGUAUACAGCAGAAACUCCAGAGAAUGAUCUUGAUGAAUCUCAGGUUCCUGAUCAGCCAAGCUCUCUUCAUGUCAGGCCAUUGACAACCAGUAUCGUCAUGAGUUGGACUCCACCACUGAAUCCAAACAUUGUUGUACGAGGAUACAUCAUUGGCUAUGGAGUGGGCAGCCCAUAUGCUGAGACAGUGCGAGUAGACAGCAAACAGCGCUACUAUUCCAUUGAAAACUUGGAGCCAAGUUCCCAUUAUGUAAUUUCUUUAAAAGCCUUUAACAACGUGGGUGAAGGAGUCCCUCUCUAUGAAAGUGCCACCACUAGAUCAUUGACAGAUCCCAUUGAUCCAUUAGAAGUUGAUUUUUAUCCUUUGCUUGAUGAUUUCCCUACCUCAGUCCCAGAUAUCUCCACCCCCAUGCUCCCACCAGUAGGUGUCCAGGCUGUUGCACUUACCCAUGAUGCAGUGAGAGUCAUCUGGGCAGACAACUCUGUCCCAAAGAAUCAAAAGACUACUGAGGUUCGCUUUUACACUGUCCGUUGGAGAACCAGCUAUUCUACAAGUGCUAAAUACAAGUCAGCAGAUACAACAGCUUUGAGCCAUAGUGUAAUAGGCCUUAAGCCAAACACUAUGUAUGAAUUCUCUGUCAUGGUAACAAAAGGUCGAAGGUCAAGCACGUGGAGCAUGACUGCACAUGCCACAACAUAUGAAGCAGCACCAACCUCUGCACCCAAGGAUUUGACAGUCAUUACUCGGGAGGGGAAGCCUCGAGCUGUCAUUGUCAGCUGGCAGCCUCCAUUAGAAGCCAAUGGAAAAAUUACUGCUUAUAUUCUGUUCUACACCUUGGACAAGAAUGCUCCAAUUGAUGACUGGGUUAUGGAGUCAAUCAGUGGUGACCGACUUACUCAUCAAAUCAUGGACCUCAACCUAGAUACAGUGUAUUACUUUAGAAUCCAAGCUCGCAAUGCCAAAGGAGUGGGACCGCUCUCUGACCCUAUUCUCUUCCGGACUCUGAAAGUCGAGCACCCUGACAAAAUGGCUAAUGACCAAGGUCGUCAUGGAGAUGGGGCCUAUUGGCCAGUUGACACGAACUUGAUUGACAGAAGCAGCCUUAAUGAACCUCCCAUAGGGCAGAUGCACCCUCCACAUGGCAGCGUAACGCCUCAAAAGAACAGCAACCUUCUAGUAAUCAUUGUGGUCACCGUUGGGGUCAUUACAGUGGUGGUGGUGGUGAUCGUGGCUGUGAUCUGCACCAGGCGUUCUUCAGCGCAACAGAGGAAAAAGCGUGCUACCCAUAGUGCUGGGAAAAGGAAGGGCAGCCAGAAAGACUUGAGGCCCCCAGACCUCUGGAUACACCAUGAAGAGAUGGAGAUGAAGAAUAUUGAAAAGCCAUCAGGUUCUGACCCCUCAGGAAGAGACUCGCCGAUGCAGAGCUGUCAAGACAUCACGCCAGUCAGCCACAGCCAGUCUGAAACUCAGCUGGGCAGCAAGAGUGCCUCACAGUCUGGUCCUGACACAGAGGAUGUGGGAAGUAGUAUGUCCACGUUAGAACGCUCACUUGCUGCCCGCAGAGCCACACGUGCCAAGCUCAUGAUUCCGAUGGAUUCACAACCAAGCAACCCUCCUGUUGUCAGUGCCAUCCCAGUGCCAACACUAGAAAGUGCCCAGUACCCAGGAAUUCUGCCAUCUCCAACAUGUGGAUAUCCGCACCCGCAGUUCACUCUCCGGCCCGUGCCAUUCCCAACACUCUCUGUUGACCGGACCUUUGGAACAGGAAGAACGGUGAGUGAAGGACCAGUCCCACAACAGCCAUCCAUGCUGCCACAGACACAGCCUGAACAUGUCAGCAACGAGGAUGCCCCGAGCAGAACGAUUCCCACAGCCUGUGUCCGGCCUACGCACCCUCUCCGCAGCUUUGCCAACCCAUUGCUACCUCCACCAAUGAGUGCAAUAGAACCGAAAGUCCCUUAUACACCACUUUUGUCUCAAACAGGGCCUAAUCUUCCCAAGGCUCAGGUUAAAACAGCAUCACUUGGAUUAGCUGGAAAAGCACGAUCCCCUCUGCUUCCAGUCUCGGUGCCAACAGCCCCAGAAGUGUCAGAAGAGGGCCACAAACAGACAGAGGAUCCAGCUAACGUAUAUGAACAGGAUGAUCUGAGUGAACAAAUGGCCAGUUUGGAGGGGCUAAUGAAGCAACUUAAUGCUAUUACAGGCUCGGCCUUCUAACAGCUGUUGAUGAAUAGAUAAAUUGUAUUAUCCAGGAACAUUGCAGCAUACAAGUACUUCAUAUACACCACACACAUACACAACCCCAUAAAACCACCCUUUCUUCAGUACCAUUCCUUCAACGUAAGGAAGAUUCUUGAUGAGUCCUAAAAAUAAAUAACUAAAAAUACGCUACAUUACUGUAGAUCAAGCAUCUAAAGCAAUGAAAGUGUGACCCUUGCAAAUAAGUGAAACAACGACAGCAAAGCCCGAGGUGAUGCCACUUGAUUGCUCAUUUUGAUCUGCUCGCCUUUGUAAUACUUGAGGUGUCAUGACUAUCUCACAGUUUACUUAAUAGAGGUGUGUAGUUCUUGGUGAAAAUCUAGUUUUAUGUCAUUCAAAUGUAUUUUUAAACAUAUACCAUGCCAUAAUGUGUCAGUGUGGAAGUUCACUCUUCGUGUUUUUUGUUUUUGUUUUUUAUAUACUUUUUUGAUAUGAAAGCACCCGUAACAAAUAAUCACGACAUAGCACCAAAGGAUUGGAAGUGUUACCAACAGCACAAAACAAGACAAAUAACUCCCAUUUCUUUUGUAAUUUCAAUCACUCAUCCUGCGCAAGCAGUGUGCAUUAGCGAGUUGCUGGAAAGUCCACCCAUUUUUGCAAGCAUUUGGAAAUCCUCCCAUAGGUAACAUUUUAUAUCUGGCUACAGAGAAUGGGAACAUAAACAAAAUCUGCAUUGGUGGCAUGCUGCCAGCUGCCGUAGACUUACAAAAAGAGGGUAUGAUAUGCAAUCUUCUCUGACACACAGUAAUGAUGUGCUUAAGCUUGGACUAGAACACUUCUAAAUAUGGGUGGCCUUUGUGCCAUACUGCACUGGGAUGACAUCUGAAAGCUCCUCCAAGGCCACCUUUCGCAGCAGCAAGAGGCAAAUGGGUGAAGUUCCUCCCACCCUUUCUCUACUGCUCCACCUCUUGUUUGAGACUCCUCAGUUCCAUGAACUCUGUGAUUCAGUCACCAAUGGCUUCUCCUUAACUCAGUGGAAGCUGCGGAAAUUGGAAAGCAACCCUAGGUCAGGCACAGUGGAAGAUGGGACGUAUCGGUUAGCAGUGAUGGACACAGCACAGUUUUUACAGACAAGCAACAGAUUCAAGAAAAUGAACUAAGAAGCUGGUGCAUAAUUGGGAAACAAAUUACAGGUGCUUGAUUGCAGUAGGAUAUUCCUUGUUCAGUCAUAGUUAAAAAACAGCCAACCAACCAACCACAAUUUAGCAUCAGGACACUGAUGUGAACUUAGAGGAACCCUUUCAGUGUUCUCCCCCCUUUUCUAGUAGUCUAGCUUCAUAUUACAGUGUUUAUUGAUAACUAUAACUGUUUGAAUUGACUAAAUUUUGUGAGCAUACUUUUUAUUGCUGAAUUUUCAGCUGCAUUCAGAGUUAAUCCCUGUUUAUGCAGCUGAAUCACCAAAAGGGAACUAAUUUGCAUAUUUAUCAGUUAGGCGGCUGCAAAACCCAAUAAGAGAGUUUCAGAUGAAUUACUCCAUUCAGUUCUGCCUUUGAUUUCAAGCUUGAGUAGGUCAUAAUUUUAAAAGAGCACGGAAGGGCUGGGAUCUUUACAACCUAAUAGUUCCUUUUAUUAGGUGGGUAAUUAUAUGUGAAUCCCUGAAUAAAAUAUUUUGAGUAAAAUGGCACUGUAACAGAAGUAAUAAUUCAGAUUAUUUUCUACGGUCAUGUAUUGGGGAGGAAAUCAGAUGCAAAGGAUGGAAUUCAAAUGCUUCAUUAGGAACUCUAGUAUGUUUGUGAAAAUGUUUCUUACCAAAAUGUAUUUUUAUUCAAUUGACUAGGAUUUCAGUCAGAUAUUUCCUAAGAGUUAAGGAAGUCAUAUCUGUGUGAGAGGUUGAGUUUUUAUGUUCUGUCAGAUUUGUAACUAAGAACUUCCACUGAAAACAAAGCAAGCAAAUCUGUCAUGAUGACAACCAAAUUCAUAGUCCUGGUAUUGGAUCCCAUGAUGUCCCAGCCUACUAUCUUGUUUCUGCAAGGCAGGUUUGAAUACACCUUUCUGAAAAAGAGCCUCUUCCCUGCUAGCAGAGAUUGUCAGUUAUUUUGAAAUAGGUCCAUAGGGCCAAAUUUUGCACUCUCUUAUCCUGGAGUAAGGCUGAGUUACUCUGGAAAACAGGAUCUGACUCAUAGGACUUUAACGAGGGGCUUUUAAUCAUAGAACAUUAACCCCAAACUGGUACAAAAUUAUCUAAAAUAUGUGAUGGAUAAACCUCAAAAGAUUUGACAACUGGAUUUUGUUUCGAUAAGCAACCAAAUAUUCAGAUCUUAUUUGAACAUUGGUUAUUGUGUUGGCUGUUCUGUGGCAUUGAUUAUCAUAUCCAUUUUGUGAAUGCAACUCCCACUGAUUUAAAUGUUAGACCCUUGUAUGUCUGCAAAAUUGGUCUGGAUUUCUCUUGAGGACAGCCUUUCUUGUGAAUUCUAAAGCAUUUCCAUCUCUAUACUCAGCCAGAAACAGGAAAUGAAAAAAGAAAUGCAAAAUUUCAGAACCUGAAGAAGAUCCGGAACAAGUUUGGUUUUAGAUAUCUGUGAGUCUUCAGGAAGAGGAGAUUCUUAAAUUUUACAUAGUAAUUCAGUCAUCCCUAGUUUGCAGGCAUUUGCAGCCGUAGCUGUGUCCUAAUAUAGAUGUCAGUCCUUCAAACACUUGUGUUUAACUUUAUAGAAGUGAGUUGUGUCAUCUAAGUCAAUACAGCUUUGCAGGACUGGGGACAAAAUCUAAGCUAAAAUAAAUUCCUGUGUUCUCUAUUCUAUAAAUAAACUAUGGGAAAGAACAGCUCAGUGUGCCCUUGUUGCCAAGAAGGCUAAUGGCAUUUUGGGCUGUAUAAG